AUGGCACACCCGGCAAUAGGGAAUGACGACAUGCCUCGCUACAAAUUCCGCUUCCUUAGAGCUCCAGAUCUUCCCAGGAAAUGCAAUGAUACUACAAUACUAAGUGACGCCUUUGGACGCCUUUUGGAAUACUCUACAACAGCAACCCACUCCAAUGGCACAACCAGAACAGUCAGGAAGGAGUUGCAAAUUGCCAUACCGGAUGGUGAUAAGGUCCGAGUCACGUUAUGGGGAGACACUAUUGAGCAGUUCAACCGCAUCUUCAACGCCAAUGAAAAUGAGCCAAUCCUCUUGAUCAUUACUUCCGUCAUUGUCAAAGAAUAUAAUGGUCUCAAAUUUAUAUCUUCCACCACAGCAACAAGGAUAUACGGCAAUUUAAAUAUUCCAGAGAUCCUACCAGAAAACAACCAAGAGCCUGCAAUGGAAGUCGCUGUCAACCCUCCAAACCAGUAUAAUAUUAAUGACCAAGAAGACCCUCCUCAACUAACUAUAGCCGAACUUGAAGAAAAGAAGACAGAUAUAGAGAACGAGCAUCACCAUGAAGGGCACCCAUCUACUGACAUAGCAAGUAGCAGCACCAGCCAAACUCAUCAACAAAUUACUGCUGCUGCCACUUCAGCAACCAUGAUGAUAGAAGAAGAAGAUCAACAAUUCCAACUGGAGAAUGCGUCCCAAAAAGGAAAAUCAGUGGCUGAACCAUCCAAACUCAAGUCUGCAGAGCUCAAAUACUACAAGAAGCGCAAGGCCUCUUUAAUAAUCUCAGAUUCGGAAUAG